CAGUCCACAUCACUUUUCUUGGUCGGGCAAAGGCCAAAGCGAAAAGGAGGUCUGGCCCCAUGUUUAACCCUGCCACCAUCAAUUCCCAAGCCACACGCCAAUACUGUUUCUGAUGAAAGUGUGACCUCCCGUCGCUUUCAAAACCAUAAUAAGAACAUACACACAGAGCAUUUGGCAUUAUACUACCCUCUUCACUCCACCUCACCCCUUCUUAACCAUAGUUACAAAAGACUUAAGUCUUUUUCGUUCAAGGGUGUCUGGACCAUUAAACCCUCGACUUGUCUAAGACUUAUCUUAGAUUUCAUAGGAAAAUCUAAGACCUCUGGCAAGAAGCGAAAAAGCCAUCUGGUGUUUUAAGCAUGGUGGUAUAGUGGAAACUGUGGAAAAAGUUGUUAACUGUUAGCCUUCAAGUCCAAAAUGCAGGGGCACCCAAUGCAGGGGCACCAGAUGCAGCCCAUGAUUCCAGCUUUUGCCACUACCAACAUUACAACUGAGCAUAUUCAAAAGUAUUUGGAUGAGAACAAGCAGUUGAUUUUAGCAAUUCUAGAUAAUCAAAACCUGGGAAAACUUAAUGAAUGUGCACACUAUCAAGCAAAACUGCAGCAGAAUCUGAUGUAUCUGGCUGCCAUAGCUGAUUCACAACCUCAAUCACCAGCGGCUCAUGCUCAGAUUCCACCAAAUGCUGCAAUGCAACCCAGUGCACAUUACAUGCAGCAUCAACAACAACAGCAACAAGUGGCACAGUCUGUCAUGGCUGGCAGAGUUCCUAUGCAGUAUGCACAACAGCUGCAGCAGGAGCAUCAGCAUCAACAACAGUUGCAGCAACAGCAGCAGCAGCAGCAGCAGCAGCAGUUGCACCAUCAGCAUCAACAAUCUAUUCACAGCCAGCUAGGAAUGAACUCUGGAGGAAACAAUGGCUUGCAAAUGCUACAUGGUGAGGCAGGCAUGGGAGGAAAUGGGCCUCUUUCCUCUAGGGGUAUGCCUGACUUCGGACGUGGUAGUGCUGGCAAUGCUGCAGAAGCCAUGCAAACAAAUAGGGGCUUGGGGAUGGAUGCCCGAGUUGGAAAUAAGCAAGAGGGAGUAGCUUCAGCAAAUGCACAUCAAGGUUCUGGUGAUGGACAUGGAAUUUCAGGAGGUGCACAUAAUGCAGAUGAAUCAGAGGCUUCUUACUUAAAAGCCUCUGAAGAAGAAGGAAAUUAGAUAGGCUUCAGUGAUACAUAAGAAAUGAUGUGUGUGGGAUCUGAGUUGUAGGAUAAAUACAAAUCAAUGAGAGCCAAAAAAUGAACCUUCCAAAAAAUGUAAGAAAAUAGAUGGACUUACUAGAUUUAAAUAAUGUUGUUUGAGGCUAUUGAACAGAGGUAUAUGUCACGUGGGUAGAUUGAAUUUUGUUAUGUUUUCAAAAAUCAUGUUCUGUAAGAUUCUGGUGUGUUUUUUAAUGUUCUUCCAGGGCGCUUGGGUCUCUUGUUAUCUAAUGUUGAUAGGUGGAUAUUGAUGGCAUUUUGUCCGAAAAGGCGGCAUGUAUUCCUGUUUAUAUGGAUGAAAAAUAUGAAUCUCUCUAUUUUACUUCUA